AUGUCCUGUAUUCAUAAAAACAUUAAAUCAACUGAAUAUCCGUACUCUAAGACUGAACCAGAAGUUAACACCAAUCCAUACAGUCGUCCUCUCUCUACGUCUGGACCGGUAGUCAGCACUUAUUCCUCCCGUCGGUCGUACUCUACUUCAGCACCGGUAAAGAGCACUGACUCCUCUCGUCUGCCGUAUUCAACAUCAGGACCAGUAGUCAGCACAGACUCCUCCCGUCGGCCGUACUCUACAUCUGGACCGGUAAAGAGCACCGACUCCUCACGUCUCCCGUUUUCUACAUCUGCAUCGGUAUUGAGCACUGACUCCUCCCGUCGGCCGUACUCUACAUCUGGACCAGUAGUCAGUACUGACUCCUCCCGUCUGCCGUACUCAACAUCUGCACCGAUAGUGAGCACCGACUCCUCCCGUCUGCCGUAUUCAACAUCUGGACCAGUAGUCAGUACCGACUCCUCUCGUCUGCCGUAUUCUACAUCAGGACCAGUAGUCAGCACCGACUCCUCCCGUCGGCCGUAUUCUACAUCUGCACCGGUAUUGAGCACUGACUCCUCCCGUCGGCCGUACUCUACAUCUGGACCAGUAGUCAGUACUGACUCCUCCCGUCUGCCGUACUCAACAUCUGCACCGAUAGUGAGCACCGACUCCUCCCGUCUGCCGUAUUCAACAUCUGGACCAGUAGUCAGCACCGACUCCUCCCGUCGGCCGUAUUCUACAUCUGCACCGGUAUUGAGCACUGACUCCUCCCGUCGGCCGUACUCUACAUCUGGACCAGUAGUCAGUACCGACUCCUCUCGUCAGCCGUACUCAACAUCUGGACCGGUAAAGAGCACCGACUCCUCCCGUCUGCCGUAUUCUACAUCAGGACCAGUAGUCAGCACAGACUCCUCCCGUCGGCCGUACUCUACAUCUGCACCGAUAGUGAGCACCGACUCCUCCCGUCUGCCGUAUUCAACAUCAGGACCAGUAGUCAGCACCGACUCCUCACGUCUCCCGUUUUCUACAUCUGCAUCGGUAUUGAGCACUGACUCCUCCCGUCGGCCGUACUCUACAUCUGGACCAGUAGUCAGUACUGACUCCUCCCGUCUGCCGUACUCAACAUCUGCACCGAUAGUGAGCACCGACUCCUCCCGUCUGCCGUAUUCUACAUCAGGACCAGUAGUCAGCACAGACUCCUCCCGUCGGCCGUACUCUACAUCUGCACCGAUAGUGAGCACCGACUCCUCCCGUCGGCCGUACUCUACAUCUGGACCAGUAGUCAGUACCGACUCCUCCCGUCGGCCGUACUCUACAUCUGCACCGAUAGUGAGCACCGACUCCUCCCGUCUGCCGUAUUCAACAUCUGGACCAAUAGUCAGUACCGACUCCUCCCGUCUCCCAUAUUCAACAUCAGGACCAGUAGUCAGCACAGACUCCUCCCGUCGGCCGUACUCUACAUCUGGACCGGUAAAGAGCACCGACUCCUCCCGUCUGCCGUAUUCUACAUCAGGACCAGUAGUCAGUACAGACUCCUCUCGUCUCCCAUAUUCAACAUCAGGACCAGUAGUCAGCACAGACUCCUCCCGUCGGCCGUACUCUACAUCUGGACCGGUAAAGAGCACCGACUCCUCCCGUCGGCCGUAUUCUACAUCUGCACCGGUAUUGAGCACUGACUCCUCCCGUCGGCCGUACUCUACAUCUGGACCGGUAAAGAGCACAGACUCCUCACGUCUCCCGUUUUCUACAUCUGCAUCGGUAUUGAGCACUGACUCCUCCCGUCGGCCGUACUCUACAUCUGGACCAGUAGUCAGUACUGACUCCUCCCGUCUGCCGUACUCAACAUCUGCACCGAUAGUGAGCACCGACUCCUCCCGUCUGCCGUAUUCUACAUCAGGACCAGUAGUCAGCACAGACUCCUCCCGUCGGCCGUACUCUACAUCUGCACCGAUAGUGAGCACCGACUCCUCCCGUCUGCCGUAUUCAACAUCUGGACCAAUAGUCAGUACCGACUCCUCCCGUCUCCCAUAUUCAACAUCAGGACCAGUAGUCAGCACAGACUCCUCCCGUCGGCCGUACUCUACAUCUGGACCGGUAAAGAGCACCGACUCCUCCCGUCUGCCGUAUUCUACAUCAGGACCAGUAGUCAGUACAGACUCCUCUCGUCUCCCAUAUUCAACAUCAGGACCAGUAGUCAGCACAGACUCCUCCCGUCGGCCGUACUCUACAUCUGGACCGGUAAAGAGCACCGACUCCUCCCGUCUGCCGUAUUCUACAUCAGGACCAGUAGUCAGCACAGACUACUCCCGUCGGCCGUACUCUACAUCUGGACCGGUAAAGAGCACCGACUCCUCCCGUCUGCCGUAUUCAACAUCAGGACCAGUAGUCAGUACUCACUCGUCCCGUCGCCCGUAUUCAACAUCUGGACCAGUAGUUAGUACCGACUCCUCCCGUCUGCCGUAUUCAACAUCAGGAGCAGUAGUCAGUACAGACUCCUCUCGUCUCCCAUAUUCAACAUCAGGACCAGUAGUCAGCACAGACUACUCCCGUCGGCCGUACUCUACAUCUGGACCGGUAAAGAGCACCGACUCCUCCCGUCUGCCGUAUUCAACAUCAGGACCAGUAGUCAGUACUCACUCGUCCCGUCGCCCGUAUUCAACAUCUGGACCAGUAGUUAGUACCGACUCCUCCCGUCUGCCGUAUUCAACAUCAGGAGCAGUAGUCAGCACCGACUCCUCCCGUCGGCCGUACUCUACAUCUGGACCGGUAAAGAGCACCGACUCCUCCCGUCGGCCGUAUUCUACAUCUGCACCGGUAUUGAGCACUGACUCCUCCCGUCGGCCGUACUCUACAUCUGGACCGGUAAAGAGCACAGACUCCUCCCGUCUCCCGUAUUCAACAUCUGGACCAGUAGUCAGUACCGACUCCUCUCGUCUGCCGUAUUCUACAUCAGGACCAGUAGUUAGUACCGACUCCUCCCGUCUGCCGUAUUCUACAUCAGGACCAGUAGUCAGUACCGACUCCUCUCGUCUGCCGUACUCAACAUCUGCACCGAUAGUGAGCACCGACUCCUCCCGUCUGCCGUAUUCAACAUCUGGACUAGUAGUCAGUACCGACUCCUCCCGUCUCCCAUAUUCAACAUCAGGACCAGUAGUCAGCACCGACUCCUCCCGUCGCCCGUAUUCUACAUCUGGACCGGUAGUCAGCACUGACUCUUCUCGUCGCCCGUACUCUACGUCCUCAUAA